AUACCUCACAACUGCUACGAAUUGAGUGCGUUGCUUCUUGUUGACGUUCCGUGCUUCCAAAGCCCCGCGACUCCACUGCUCCUGUCGUGGCUGGGUCACGACGCUUCAGGUGGUGACUUUAAGUGGACAGCCGAAGUCAGCGCAAGGAGAGGCCGUCCGCGGGCACUGCGGACUAGUGCGUCCCCGGUCCCCUGAACACCGCGGGCACCGGGGUGACGUCCCUUUUCCGGACAUCUAUAGCAGCCUAGCUCCAUCGCGUCAACAUGCAAGUGCAACAGCUCUUGCGACACACUGCUGGUGCCCAGCCCAGCUCGUGCGGCCGUGCGCCCUUGAGCCUGCGGCAGCCGCCACCACGGCCAUGCCUGCGUGCGCGGUCGGCGGCCGCCGACGGCCCGCAGCCUCAGAAGCAAGACGGCUCAGCUGCGGGCAAGCCGUCAGCCUCUAAGCCCGCCGAGUCGCUUAACCUGGCUUACGAGAGCGACAAGCCAAAGGCAGCCUCGCACAGCAGCAGUAGCAAGGUGAUCAUGGAGAGCCCGGUGAAGACGACAGGGCUGCACCGCGCGCCGCUGUCGGGCGGUGUGAAGACUGCCACCAAGAGAUACGAGCUGCCGUCGCCGCCGGUGGCGGUGCGCAACCUGGUGGAGCACGCGCGCUUCGGCCACUUGUGCACCAUGAUGAGCGGCAUGCACCACCGCAGGGCCGGGUACCCCUUCGGCACGCUGGUGGACUUCGCCAGCGACGGCGCCGGCUACCCGGUGUUCUGCCUGAGCCCGCUGGCCAUACACAGCCGCAACCUGAUCGAGGAGCCGCGCUGCAGCCUGGUGGUGCAGAUGCCCGGCUGGACGGGGCUGGCCAACGCGCGCGUCACCAUCUUCGGCGACGUCUAUCAGCUGCCCGCGGACCUGCAGGACUCGGCUCGUGAAAUCUUCAUCGCCAAGCACAGCAACGAGCGGAAAGAGCGCUGGGUGUCGGGCAACUUCGUGUACUUCCGCAUGAACCGCAUUGUGGACAUCUACUUUGUGGGCGGCUUCGGCACCGUGCAGUGGAUCGCGCCCGACGAGUACCUGGCCUCCACGCCCGACGAGAUCGUGCUCAACAACCCCAACAACAUCCUCACAGUGCUCAACGAGCAGUUUGCGCCGGUGCUGCGUGCCAAGCUGGGCACUGCCGCGCGGCCGCUGGACGAGCUCAUGUUCAUCAGCAUUGACGCGAGCGGUGUGGACAUCCGCGCGCGCACCGGGCCCGAGUUCAGUGUGGAGCGCAUCGGCUUCCCAACCAAGGUGACCAACCUGACCCAGGUGAUGAACGCCAUGCGGCAGGUGGUCACGGACAUGAGCAGGACCACCACACCCGCGGCGUCGGCCGACACGCUCUGAGCGGCUGGUGGGCCGGCGUGGAGGCUAGCUAGCUAGCUGGCUGGGGGGGCUGGUGUAGGGGCUCUGGGGCAUGUGGUGUGGGUGUAGGUGUGGCGUGGAUGUGGUGUGGAUGUGGGGCACGGGCUUGCCGUGCCACGACAAUGGCGGGCGGCUCGAGUGGGUGACAUGUGGGUGCACAGGUGCGCAAGGAGGUUGUGUGGGUCAUGGAGGUCGUGUGGGCCAGGCGGGAUUCAGAGGCCAUCCAUGACAGUUGGACAGGCCAAGACGUGCAGGUGUCCUUCGCAAGUGACCUGGCAGUAAUGGGAGGAUCGCCCAUGAAGGGAUAUAGAGGCGCGUGAGGGGGGCGGGCGUGUGCCGUGGGUUGGUGUUCAUGCUGAAAGACGCUGCAUAGGCACAAUAUUGAAGAAGUGAAGUAGUUAUGGACCUGCGCGCAGUCUGUGUAUGUACAGUGGGGCCUGCACCACCACACCACCACACCUGGUAGUCCAUGGCCAGGAGUGAAUGGACGAUGCGGCCAUAGUGCACGUUUCGGUUGGGCACCUUGCAUGACGGAGGCUGUGGCAUGCCGCCACCGAUGAAUAAUAGGAGGGAACUCAAGUGAUGCACACAGUUCUGCCCGGUUAGCGCAGUCGUCAGAGUACCCGGCGUGCCAUACCGUAUCGGUUCUCACAGGACUGGUGUAAAGCAAGGCAGGUUCCAG